AUGGCCGGGCUCAAGCGACGACGCGAGGACGUCUCGCAGCGCAGCACGAGAUCUCGCCAUCGUGAUGCGAGCGACAGCGAAGACGCGAGUGAGACUGAUGACGAAGUGCCGCCGACGAAUGUCGUGGUGGCUGGCAGUCCCAGCGAUAGCGACGAGAAGGAAAGAAACGGCGACGAUGACGAUGACGACAACGAAAACGAUGAUGAUGAUGAAGAAGAGGAGGAGCUGCUGGAUUUCACGCAGACGGACUAUGCCGCCCAGAUGAGUCAGGCGGACCUUGAAGCGGAGGAUGACGACGACGGAGGUGGCAAGAAGUCCGAUGGUAAGCCGACCAAGCCCAAAGCGUUGCACCGACUGUCGGAAAAGGCGCUGGAAGAGCUGGUGGCGAAGCUAGUGCGCUAUAUGCUGUACAAAAGCGGUCUGAAGCUGCCGAUCAAGUUUGUUGACAUCAGCAAAGAGGUGUUCCCGCAGUACAAGAACGUGUCGAGAUACCUCUUCUUCUUUGCGAAACAGAAGAUCGAGAGUGUCUUUGGAUACCGUGUGGUGCAUGUGGACGACAGCUCAGGCAAGGAAAUGUACUUUGUGCUCAACAGUGUGUCGUCGCAGGAACACUUGCUGCUCAUGAACAAAAAUGGAAAGGCUGCCUCACGAGGCUUCCUCAUGAUGGUUCUGGGUCUCUUGUGGUGCGCUCCAGCGCGGCGACUGUCGGAAGAUGACUUGUGGAAGCAGCUGGCCCGUUUGGACCCGAAAGUGCAGCUGAAAGUGAACCAUCCACUGCUCGGUGACAUCCCUCUUCUGUUCAAGACGUUGGAGAAUCAACUCUACCUCAACGCCACUUUUGAGAUCGAUCCGGACCUGAAGAAGAUCCGAUACUACCAGUACGGCCCACGCACGUUCCUCGAAGUGAGCAAAGUGCAGAUCCUCAACUUUGUGUGCAAGCUAAUCACCGGCCAUCCUCCGUCUGACGUUCAAGUCAACGAAGUCAUAGCAGAGGAUAGCUAA